GGGGAGGCGAGCUUCUCUCUGGCGUCCAUCGCUCCAUGGAGGGGCGGACACUGCAGUGCCUCACUGUGUGACCAGCCAGGACCGGGGCUCCCCUGACCGCCGCCGAGAUGAAGUAUAAGAAUCUUAUGGCCAGGGCCUUAUAUGACAAUGUUCCUGAAUGUGCUGAGGAGCUGGCCUUUCGCAAGGGAGACAUCUUGACUGUCAUAGAGCAGAACACAGGAGGACUAGAGGGAUGGUGGCUGUGUUCCCUACAUGGUCGCCAGGGCAUCGUCCCAGGCAACCGGGUGAAACUUCUGAUUGGUCCAGUGCAAGAGACCUCCAGCCAUGAACAACCCACUCCUGGUCCCAUGCAUCAGACCUUUGGCCAACAGAAACUCUAUCAAGUGCCAAAUUCGCAGGCAGCAUCUCGUGAUACCAUCUACCAGGUGCCACCCUCCUACCAGAAUCAGGGAAUUUACCAAGUACCCACCGGCCAUGGUACCCCAGAACAAGAUGUCUAUCAAGUGCCACCAUCAGUUCAGAGAAACGUUGGAGUCACUAAUGGACCCCAUCUAGGCCAAAAGGUGAUCACCCCAGUGAGGACAGGCCACGGCUACGUGUACGAGUACCCAUCCCGACACCAAAAGGAUGUCUACGAUGUUCCUCCUUCCCACACCACUCAAGGGGUUUAUGACAUCCCUCCUUCAUCAGUGAAAGGCCCUGUGUUUUCAGUUCCAGUGGGAGAGAUCAAACCUCAAGGGGUGUAUGACAUUCCCCCUACCCAAGGGGUCUAUUCCAUUCCACCGUCGGCUUGCCGAGAUGAGGCAGGGCUUAGGGAAAAGGAAUAUGAUUUCCCUCCUCCUAUGAAGCAGGAUGGAAGGCCAGACACCAGACCUGAAGGGGUAUAUGACAUCCCUCCAACCAGCACCAAGACGGCAGGGAAGGACCUUCACAUCAAGUUCACCUGCGAUGCUCCAGGAGCUGCAGAACCGAUGACACGAAGACACCAGAGCCUUUCCCUGCCCCACCCACCCUCCCAGCUAGGACAGUCUGAGGGCACUCAGAGUGACGCGUAUGAUGUGCCCCGGGGAGUGCAGUUCCUGGAGGCACCGACAGAAACCAGUGAAAAGGCGAAUCUGGAGGAAAGAGAUGGUGUUUAUGAUAUCCCUUUACACAACCCAACAGAUGCCAAAGGAGCUCGGGACGUGGUAGACGGGAUCAACCGACUGUCUUUCUCCAGCACUGGCAGUACCAGGAGUAACAUGUCCACAUCUUCCACCUCCUCAAAGGAGUCCUCCUUGUCAGCCUCCCCAUCUCAGGACAAAAGGCUCCUGCUGGACCCAGACACGGCCAUUGAGAAGCUCUAUCAGCUCCAGCAGACCCUGGAGAUGGGUGUCUGUGGUCUCAUGUCACUGGCCACCACAGACUGGCGGUGUUACGGAUACAUGGAAAGACACAUCAACGAGAUCCGCACAGCAGUGGACAAGGUGGAGCUGUUUUUGCGGGAAUACCUCCAUUUUGCCAAGGGAGCUUUAGCCAAUGCCUCCUGCCUCCCAGAACUCGUCCUCCACAACAAAAUGAAGCGCGAACUCCAAAGGGUAGAGGAUUCCCACCAGAUUCUAAGCCAGACCAGCCACGAUUUGAAUGAAUGCAGCUGGUCCCUGAAUAUCCUAGCUAUCAAUAAGCCCCAAAAUAAGUGUGAUGAUCUGGACCGAUUUGUGAUGGUAGCCAAGACAGUGCCAGAUGAUGCCAAGCAACUGACCACUACCAUCAGCACCUUUGCAGAGACCCUCUUUAGAGCAGGUCCUGGCAGUUCCCAUCUGAAGAAUGGGCCUGACAGCAUCAUGAACUCAAUCGAGUAUACGCAUACGGGCUCCCCGAUACAGCCGCUGCGUCCUGGUGACUACAAGGCCCAGGUCCACAGUAAGCCAUUGCCUCCUGCUCUAGGCAAGGACCAGCCGCCAGACUGUAGUAGCAGUGAUGGUUCUGAGAGGAGCUGGAUGGAUGACUAUGAUUAUGUUCAUCUACAGGGCAAGGAGGAGUUUGAGAGACAGCAGAAGGAGCUCCUGGAGAAAGAGAAUAUCAUCAAGCAGAGCAAGGCACAGCUGGAACAUCAUCAGCUAAGUCAGUUCCAACUGUUGGAACAAGAAAUCACCAAGCCUGUGGAGAAUGACAUCUCCAAAUGGAAGCCCUCUCAAAGCCUCCCAACCACGAACAACAGUGUUGGCGCUCAGGAUAGGCAGUUGCUUUGCUUCUACUAUGACCAAUGUGAGACCCAUUUCAUAUCCCUCCUCAACGCCAUUGAUGCCCUCUUCAGCUGUGUCAGCUCAGCUCAGCCCCCACGGAUCUUUGUGGCACACAGCAAGUUUGUCAUUCUCAGUGCACACAAACUGGUAUUCAUUGGAGACACUCUGACAAGGCAGGUGGCUGCCCAGGACAUUCGAAAUAAAGUCAGGAACUCCAGCAACCAACUCUGCGAACAGCUCAAGACGAUAGUGAUGGCAACCAAGAUGGCCGCCCUCCACUACCCCAGCACUACUGCCUUACAGGAGAUGGUGCAUCAGGUAACAGACCUGUCCAGAAAUGCUCAGCUCUUCAAGCGUUCCCUGCUGGAGAUGGCCACCUUCUGAGAAGAAAAGGAGGUGGAAGGGACUGAGUGCAUAAUUGCUAAGGAAAACUGGAAAUACUAUCUGGUUUUUGUAAAUGUUAUCUAUUUUUGUAGAUGUUUUAUAUGACAAUGAAAUAUUUUAAUGUUUUGUGAGUUAGUUGAUUUUCAUCAAUUCAGGGAGCUGAAGUGGGAAAUCUUCUUUUUCCCCUGUGUGGUUCUUAUAUAAACAUUUAAGUCUCUAAAACCUAAGCUGUAAAGAAAUGUGUCCAUGUUGGUGUAUGUCUCUGCAGCCGUGUUUGUUUGCAGAUGUGUGUCUGAUACAUUCCAUUAAAAACAUGAAUUAAGAAGCACCUUAGUAAGCGCCUUCUAAUGCUGUGUUGUCUGGGUUUUGUGAAAAAUUAUACUGCUUUGUUGUAAUAUUGCUCUGCAUGUGUUAGUAGUGAUCUGGGCCCUGCACCCCCAAAUCUGGAACUCAUGAUGUAUUCCCCAAGUCUUCACCUUCCACAUAGCAAGUCAUGGCAUGGCUUAUUCUUGUUGGAAACUUCUUCCAAACUUGACUGUCCUUAACACAGUGGUAAACAGACCCCACUUCUGUUUGAAAAGGGAGAGAGUUUUGAAAAGUAUGCCUUAACCUAAGGUCCAGUGUUUCAGGUGAUAGAGAGGCGAGGGACAUGUGCUAAGAGGCCAUGUCUACAGCAGUGACUGUGACGCUUCAGCUCUGAAAGGAAACAGCAGCAAGGAGAGAACACAGCUUUCCCGGGGCUGAACUUGUGAGGGAUUCAGCCAUGAGCUUUUCCAAAGGAUAUUUUCAAAGUUGAAUUAAAAAAUAAUUUGCAACAAGAAUUCAUGAAGAUACAUCAAAAGUUUGAUUGUGGACAAAAAGAAGGGGUGUUUCCAACUGUCAGUGGUUCAAGAAAGUCCUCUGUGCCCUGAUUAUCUAAAGGAAAUGGCCAGCUCCCCAGUCACUGAGCUGUGGAGCCACCAGGCCCUGUCCUGCUCCCUCACUGCUUGGUGUAUCCUACACCCUUCUAAAAACUUACAUAUGCAGACAUCCUCACAACAGCGGCAGGGAUCUGAGCUUCACAUUUCCCUGUAGCCAUGGACCUUGUGCAUAAGCCGCACCACCAUGCGACAGCUACUCACGGUGUCGAUCCCAUGGUCUGUCCCUUCACACCUGCUGUGUGGAUACAGCAAUGACACAGGAGCCACCAGACUGAUCAUGGGCAGAUAAACUGCUUCCCUGUUCCUUCAUGACCAAGUCCAGAAGUAUGUUUCUUGUGGUCUGCAUCCGUGGAAAUAUUUCAUUGCAGCCUAUUUGCAAAUGUGUUUUUAUUCGUGGUGGAUGUCUUGACUGAGUUAAUGUUGUUUGUUUUAAACAACCAAAUUACAAAAGCAGGGAGGGGCUUAAGAACAUGUACUCUCAAUGCGACUCUUUUUUUUUUUUUAAUCAGUUGGAAGUUAUCAAAGAGAAGGUGCUUUUCAAAACAAACUACAACCAUAAUUCUCGAAGAUGAACAGUUGAGCUGUUGGAUGGCAGUUCUGUGUGUCAGGAUGGGGGUCCUGCAGCGUCAGUACCACUGGAAGAAGUCACGAAGGGUGUACUUGUCGAUCUUCCUAUACAGUGUGUAUCUGCUGGAUGAUGGCUGCUUUGUCCUAACCUGAGUGAUGACAUUCCACAUUGUCAAAACCAAACUGUUCACUUUGUAUUGCUCAUUGCCAUCUUGUAUAUACAAGCCAUUAAAUUUUUAGAUCUUUUUCUUCAUA